CAGACAGCGGUCUGCUCAAUCCAAAGGCCCCCAAAAUCUCUCUGUCCAUGCUCUGGUUCAGUUUUCAGCUGAAAAAAACUCCGACCUUGGAGCCGUCGAGUCCCCGCCUACGCUACCCCUACAUCCUAGAGCGCGAUCUAGGCCCCUCCCAUUGCCUGUAACUAACUAACUAACUAACUAACUGACUACAACUCCGUGGACCGGAGGCGAACCGACAGCCCGGUCUACGCCCGCCAGUGGACGAGCGAGUCCGCCACCACUGUCGGCGGAGCUACGUCUCCUGCAAUGUCGCCUGUGCGUGGCCACCACGCGCGGUCCUCCUCCGCCAGCGGAAUCUCCAACAUUAAACGCACUCAGAACUUUGCCGCCAAGGCCGCGGCCCAGCGCCUCGCUCAGGUCAUGGCCUCUCAGACCGCCGACGGCGACGACGACGACGAUGAUCAUCUAGGAUUCCGGUACAGUGCUCCGCCGCCGCUCUCUCUGUCGAGGAAUGCCAACAGUCCCGGUGCUAAGCCGGCGGCGCCGUCUUUGAAGUCCACUACUAGAUCACCUUCGCCCGCGCUUGAAAAAGGCUGCCUUUUGUGUGGAUAUAGAGUUCUACUGAGUGGAAAGUUUGAUUGA